AUGGCGCCCAGGAACAUUACCCCCGGCACGGUUGUUAUCAUCCUCUGCGGACCUAAUGCCGGCAAGCGCGCGGUCUACAUAAAGCCAGCCACCACUGGUUACUUGACCGUUGCUGGUCCGUCUUGCCCGGUCACCCGGGUGCCCAGGAGACACUGUGUGGCGACUUCCACCAAAGUCGACGUCAGUUCCGUAAAGGAUGAGAUUGAGGGCGAGUUGAACACCAUUAUCAAGAAGGAUUUGCUUUUGGAGGAGUACUUGAACACCCCAUUCUCUUUGAAUGAGUGUUUGGGUGUGGCCCCCCACGAGCUCACCUUCUAA